AUGUUGUCCGGCAAGACGGCGCUGCGCUCAAGCGCCACCACCUCCCUGCCCAAGACUGCCGUCCGCGCCCUCUCUACCACCACACCCGCCCAGGCAGUCUCGCAGGAUGGCCAGCAGAAGCGGGGAAUGGCCACUGUCCAGGAUGCUCCGCCAGUCCACCGACACGGCGGUUUGAAGGAUCAGGACCGCAUCUUCACCAACUUGUACGGCCACCACGGAGCUGAUCUUAAGAGUGCGAUGAAGUAUGGCGAUUGGUACAAGACGAAGGAGAUACUUGACAAAGGUCAUGAAUGGAUUAUCUCGGAGAUCAAGGCCUCCGGUCUGAGAGGUCGUGGUGGUGCCGGCUUCCCGUCUGGUAUGAAGUGGAGUUUCAUGAACUUCAAGGGAUGGGACGAGGACACCAAGCCCAGAUAUCUUGUCGUCAAUGCCGACGAAGGCGAACCUGGUACAUGUAAAGACAGGGAAAUCAUGCGUAAGGACCCACACAAGCUGAUCGAGGGAUGCUUGGUUGCCGGACGCGCGAUGAACGUAUGUUAAGACUCGAGGCAUUGGACACAGAAUCGAGACUGACACAUAGUUGCAGUGCACUGCGGCAUACAUCUAUAUCCGUGGCGAGUUCUAUCAUGAAGCGACGGUUUUGCAGCGAGCAAUUCAGGAGGCUUACCAGGCUGGAUUCCUUGGCAAGAAUGCCUGCGGCUCUGGCUACGACUAUGAUGUCUUCCUUCACCGUGGAAUGGGCGCAUACGUCUGCGGCGAGGAAACUUCACUUAUCGAAUCUCUCGAGGGCAAGCCUGGCAAGCCGCGUCUAAAGCCACCAUUCCCUGCUGCCGUCGGUCUUUUCGGAUGCCCAUCCACCGUAGCCAACGUUGAGACCAUCGCUGUCGCGCCCACCAUUGUGAGGAGAGGCGGUUCAUGGUUCAACUCGUUUGGUCGCGAGAGGAACUCCGGUACUAAGCUCUUUUGUAUCUCCGGUCACGUCAACAACCCAUGCACGGUGGAAGAAGAGAUGUCUAUUCCUCUGCGAGAGCUCAUCGACAAACACUGCGGCGGUGUCACUGGCGGCUGGGACAACCUCAAGGCUAUCAUCCCUGGUGGUUCAUCCACUCCAAUCCUACCGAAGAAGAUCUGCGAUGACCAACUCAUGGACUUUGAUGCUCUAAAGGACAGUCAAUCCGGUCUUGGAACUGCCGCUGUCAUUGUCAUGGACCAGUCAACAGACGUCGUCCGCGCCAUCUCCCGUCUUUCCAAGUUCUACCACCACGAAUCUUGCGGCCAAUGCACACCGUGCCGUGAAGGUUCCAAGUGGACUGAUCAGAUCAUGAAGCGAUUUGAGAAGGGCCAAGCACGAGAACGCGAGAUCGACAUGAUGCAGGAGAUCACCAAGCAGGUUGAGGGGCACACUAUUUGCGCUCUGGGCGAGGCCUUCGCAUGGCCCAUUCAGGGUUUGAUCAGGCAUUUCCGACCUGAAUUGGAGGCGAGGAUAGCCAAGCAUUCUAAGCUGGCAGGUGGCGAGGCGUUGGCAGGUGGAUGGGAGCAUGACGCAACGAAGAAGGGAAUGCUCAUCUCCCCGGGACAAUAG